AUGCGUGUUGCAAAUCAAUAUUACGAAGCCGAACGAAUCAUAGAUGAGAAAGUUACGGACGAAACAACAUUCUAUUUAGUGAAAUGGAAAGGAAUGGACAAGAAUAAAAGGCCUUGGAAACCUACUUGGGAGCCUGCAAGUCAUUGUAAUCAAUUACUUAUUGCUUCAUGGAAUCAUCCGAGAGAAAGAAAAUUAAGUCCUCCGACGCUUCCUAGAAUUCAACCCGAUGAAUUACAAACAAAACGCAUGAUAUCAUUACUUGAAGUCCAAUGUAUUGAAUUGGAUAUCGAAUUAACACGAUUAAAAUCAGUCGUAUAUAAUAAUGAACAAGAAAUUCACAAGUUAAGAGAAGAAACAGAAGCAUUGAAAGAAACGUUAGAAUCAUUAAACAAACAAAUAGAACAAAGUAAAUCAGAACUAGAAAAUUUGUCAUUACUGAUGCAAUUUGAACUAUACGAAAAACUAUUAAAACUUGUUGAUGAAGCAAA